AUGCUGCUGUUCCCCUCGACCGCCGAUGCAGCACAACCAAGCGAAUUCCCUCGCGACGGAGCGUUCUACGAUGACCCCGACGCCGGCGGCAGCAUCAGGCAGCUGCUGGCGAGCAAGUACGAGGCGGAGAGAUCACAGGGCAUGAAGCGGGUGCUGGCGCUGCUGGCCACAGGGCACGACGCAUCUGAGUUCUUCACAGAUGUGGUGAAGCUGGUGAUCACCCCAUCGCUCCCCAUCAAGCGCAUGGUCUGCUCCUUCAUUGCCCACUACGCUCAACGCCGUCCCUCUGAGGCCCUGAUGGUGAUAAACACACUGCACAAGGACCUGGGGGACCCGGACGCAGCAGUGCGCGCCCACGCCCUGCGCGCCAUUGCUGCCAUGCGCCUGCCUGCAGCGCUGCAGAUCGCGUGUCUGGCCGUGGGGCGCGUGGCGAGAGACCCCUCAGCCUUGGUUCGCUGCACUGCUGCUCUGUGUCUCCCUGCUUUGGCGGCUGUGGGUGGGGAGGCUGUACAGGAGGAAGUGGAGGAGCUUCUCUCCGUUUUCCUCUCAGACUCCUCUCCCUCAGUGGUCGGAGCAGCAGCAGCCUCCUUCUCGGCCAUCUGCCCCCACCGCCUCUCCCUCCUCCUCCCGCGCUUCCGCUUCCUCUGCCACCUACUAGCAGACCUCGACGCCUGUGGCCAGACCACCCUGUUGGGCUUGCUGCUGCGCUGCGCUGCUUAUGCCCAUGGGACGGUGGGGAGGGGCAGCGUGGGGGGUUUGGCGCAGGAGAGGGAGGGGCAGGAGGGGCAGGAGGAACAGAUGGAGGAGGAGAGGGACGAGGAGGAGGAGGAGGAGCAGCAGCAGCAGCAGCAGCAGCAGCAGCAGCAGCAGCAGCAGCAGCAGCAGCAGCAGCAGCAGAACGGGAAGGGUGAUGCGGAUGUUGGAACGCUGGUGGUGCCGCCACUGCUGUUUCUCCUGCGCUCCACGCCCUAUGCACAAAUGCCGGUGCUAACCAUCAUAUCCACCAUGGCCCAUCGCCGCCCGUCUAUCUUUGUGCCCUACAUGCACCUCCUCUACCCCUCUGCGGCCGACCUGCCCCCUCUGCGCGCUCACAAGCUCGCCCUGCUGCCUCUCCUUGCCACGCCUGCCAACGCCUCUGCUCUGCUGCUAGAGCUGCAGGCCUGCCUUCGCUCUGCAGACGCCACUUCUGCCUGUGCCAUCAUUGCAGCAGUCACACGGGUGGCUGAGAGCGUGCCAGAUGUCGCCGCGUCAGUGGUGGAGGGGCUGGUGCAGCUGGCGAUACAGCGCGGCUCCAGUGGUGGUGUCAGCAGCAGCAGCAGCAGUGGUGCUGCUGCUGGUGCUGCUGCUGCUGGUGCUGGUGCGGAUGGUGGUGGUGGUGGUGCUGCUGCUGGUGAGAGUGCAGAGGCAGGGACGACAGGAGAACACGCAGAGGAGAGACAGGAGGAGCGGCAGGAGGGGAACGGGCAGGAGGAAAGGAGUGAGGGAAGGGAGGCGGAAGAGAAGGAGGAGGAGGAGGAGGAGGAGGAGGAAGAGGAGGAGGAGCUUAGGGUGGAGAUGAAGGCGAUGCAGAGCGGCGUGGUUCUGGAGGCUUUACAUGGCGCGAAACGGCUGAUUGAGGGAUGUCCUGCAGCACACAGCAAGGUGCUACUCCGACUGCUCCUAUCCCUCCCAUCCAUCCACCCGCCUGAAGCCCGGGCGCUCAUUCUCUCUCUCCUCGCCCACGCCGCCCGCUCCCUGCCCCCGCUCCUCCUCGCCUGCCCCACCGCGCUCUCCCUGCUCCUCCCGUCCCUCCCCUCCCAACCGCCCUCGGUCAAGCUACAGCUGCUCAAUGCUGCCGCUAAGGUGGUUUAA